UUGUCACGGUCAGAACAGAUUACAUUCCUAACCCAUAUAUGUCCAGGUUUGUGCCUGAAGAGUAGAAUGAUGCAGAGUGUUCCCAGCCACAACCAUUUGUAGCCAGUUCACUUGUUCAGCCUGGAUUCGAAACCUUUCUUCAGAUGCAGAUAACAGAAUUAAACCGGGAAUGCCUGCUCCACAUUUUCUCAUUCUUGGACAAAGAGGACAGAAAGAGUUUGUCGAGGACAUGCCAAGCUCUCUGUGAGGUCUUCCGUGAUCCAGCUCUGUGGUCUCUGCUGUGUUUCUCUUCUCUGUCAGAACUCAAGAAGGAUAACUUCCUGCUGAGCCCUGCGUUACGCUCGCUGUCUAUCUGUUGGCACUCCAGCAGGGUGAAAGUCUGUAACAUUGAAGACUGGCUGAAAAGUAGCUUUCAGAGAGACAUCUGCAGCCGGCACCAAAACCUCGUCAACAGCUUCUUAACCGAAAUAAGCCGCAGGUGUCCAAAGCUGCUGUCGAUUAUACUUUCAGGCUGUGGACACCUCACUGACAGCUAUAUUAUACAAAUCCUGCAGAAAUGCACUGAACUGAAAACCCUGAAACUGGAAAACUGUGCGAGGCUGACUGACAAAACCCUGGAGGCAGUGACUAUUUACGGAAUCAGUUUAACCACCUUCCAUGUAGACUUCUGUCGGAAUAUCACGCAGGAGGGGAUUAACCUGGUCCAGAGGAAGCGUCCCUCCCUGUCCUUCAGUGCGGUGCGGAGUGCCGAGAUGAUUCCUGAUCAGCCAGACGAACGUGCCGACCUUGGGAGAGGAACGAAGAAGCGAUUUCAGUGGGCAGAGGCAAUGUGAGAUCAAAAACAGCUGUAAGCCUCCAACUAUCUCCACGGGAACCAAAGUGAAAAGAACCUGAUUUUGAAUUCCUAAGGUGAAAAUGCUGUGCCUGGUGUCUGGUUAAGUCUGAGUUUCUGUUGCCUUAAUGGAGAUUAGUUUGGGAAUUUGUUAAAAGUUAUG